UGAUUGCAAUAUAAACCCACACUCCAAAGGCACGUUAAAGCGGCCAUUGCUGAGCAGAGCUGAAGCAAGCAGACAUGGAUCACAGACUGCAAACAGCUUUUGUAUUGGGCACUGUAAUGUGCACUCUGGUCCCAGGGGUGGACCUAACUGAGGAGGCCGAUACCUGUCAGACUACAUUUCAUGAGGGCAACCACCAGAACUUUAGCAGCAUGUUAAAGGCACUGGCCAAAUGUCCUGGCAAUUUUACAGAGCAUUUGACUGUUGAGGAACAAAGUGAAUUUCUGGGGCUACUGCAAAAUGCUGCUGACCAAUUGAAAUUUCUGCGUGUAAAAGCCUGCCAGAAUGUUCAUCCCAAGAACUGCAGCUUUCCACAGAUCCCUGUAAAUGGAGGCCUGAUAUGUAUGACUCAUGAUAAAACCCGCUAUUGCAAGCCAAUGUGUAACCAGGGUUAUGAUUUUGAUUUCUUAAGAAGAACACGACUGUAUGAAACGUGUGGAGAAAGCAAUGGUUAUAGCUGGAGCACGCAGUACAUUGGAGGAAAUAGGCUGGCUGUCUGCUCAGCGAGUUCCACAGCAGUAAGUGGUCCAGCAUCUGCCUACUUUCCCAGGUUGUGCCAAGAUGCACUCUACAAUUACACCGAGGAGAGACGGUUGAUUUCAGUUUUUAAGGAAGAACUCAGUCAGCUGGGCAUAGACAAAGUGAAAACCAAAACUAAGUGCCUGCUGUGUGGGGACAGACACAUUUAAUCCAUACACACCAUUUACUACAGAGCAGAAACAGCAGGGUUUUGCAUCUUCACUCUUUCACGAUUGAUUAAAUUCAAAGAUGAUUGUGAAACUAUUGCUGAAUUUUAAUCCUAAGCUUCCUCCAAUAGUAGCAUAUUCAGUUUCUUCCUAUUUUGCAACAGAAAGUAUUCUCCGACAUUACAGUACUGAGCUUCCUCUUAUAAUACAGCAUCAAGCAUUCUAUAUCACAGCACUGACUUACUUCCUAAGUUUCCUUGUACAUUACAGUAUUGAGCAACCUCCUUUAUUGCAACAUUCACCUUCCCCAUAUAUUAUAGCACCAAGAUUCAUUCAUACAUUACAACAUAGAAAUUGCUGGAAGAGGUCAGCAGGUCUGUGGAGAGAAAUUAGAGUUAACAUAUCAGGUCAAAUGACCCUUCCUCAGAGCUACAUUCCUCAGAAUUCCUCCUGUAUUGAUAUAUUGACCUUCUUCCUAUGUUAUAUCACCAAGGUUUUUCCUAUCGCAGAAGGAAAAACAAAAUCUAUAAAACUGGUGUGUGUCACCAACUGGACUCUAGCAAUAUGACCAAACAUCUUCCUCCCAGUAUUUUUAAUGAGUUUUUUUUGUUCCCUAUGAAAUAUUGUAGCUCUGAACGUCCUAUAUUACAGCGUCAAGCUUCCUGCUGUAUUACAAUGUCAAUCUUCCUCACAAAUGACAGAACUGAGCUUCCUUCUAUGUUAUAUUUCCUCAUAUAUUGUGACAACCAGCUUUCUCCUAUGCCACCAAGGUUCAUCUGGUAUUGAAGUACUAAACUUCCUGUUGCAUUAUGCUACCAUGUUUCCAACUGUGUGUUAUAUAACCAAUAAAGUACAUAAAUAAAAUAAAAACAGCAGAAGCUGUUUUGCUUCUGUUUCUUUAUGCUUCAUCGUCAGUACAGAGACAGCACUUGUGGCCAUAAAAGGUGCUUUGUAAAUGAAAGUCUUCUUUUUCUAAGUUAAUGUUAAAUUUGGUCACAAAAUAAUCUCAGAAGCUGAUAACUGUUCAAGCAGGUUAACCCACCAGUAAAGCCACCAAGCAAUACUUUGCCUAGGAAUAGCUGCCAGAGAGGUAUGCAUAUUUAGAACUGAUGAGUUCAAUACACUUAUGGAUUUUAUUUACAUUUUGAGUUUCUCGCAGCUGAUGUUGCCAGCUCCCAGUUUAAUUGCAAUAUUAACAGGCCACCUCUGAGUGGCAGAAUCUUGCCCUAUAAAACAGAGCAGAGGUUGGGUGCAAUACCUGUGAGUUUGAUAAGGGAACAGCAAUGCUACAUCUGCGUGGAUGCACAAAUGCCACUUCAACCCCUGGCUGCCCUUUUCUGGCCCUAAUCUACCUUGUCAGCAGCUCCUGACCAUUCCUUAAUAUGUUUAUGCUGAGAUUAUUUCCACAGCUAUAUAUUCAAAAUAGACAGAAAAACCACUCUUUUAUGCGUGUGUGGUAUUUUAGUGUUUAAUAUUUUAAACAAAUAUUUUAAACUUAAAAAAAGGCAACUAUGAGGACAUUAAAACUGAGGCACUGAAGUGAACUGACAAAUUAGGUUCGCAGAUGGGUCGAGAGAGAUGCAAACAUUCAAAGAUGUGUUUCAGAACCCACAGCAAACUUUGUUUUAACCAGCACCUGUCUAACAGUCUCUCUUAAUAAACCAGAAAAAAACUUAAAUACCACGGCCUACUGCGAUGU